UCAGACUAGACAGUCACAAUAAACAUUAAACAAAAGACUAGCGUUUUUUUAUAAUUUAAUUUAAUGCUGAUAUUCGAACAAAAGGAAAAGAGUAUUGCUUAUUGAUUUUAAAGACACAAUUAUCACUUGCGGUAGUUUUUCUUAAAAAGGCACAAUUCUCUUAAAAUAUGGCUUUGUCGUUAGCCAAAAGAGCAAAUAUUCGUCUCCCACCUGAAGUCAACCGUGUUCUUUACGUUAGGAAUUUGCCAUACAAAAUUACGUCUGAUGAAAUGUAUGAUAUAUUUGGGAAAUUUGGGGCAAUUAGACAAAUAAGAGUAGGGAAUACACCAGAAACCAGAGGCACAGCUUUUGUAGUAUAUGAAGACAUUUUUGAUGCUAAAAAUGCUUGUGAUCAUCUGUCUGGUUUUAACGUUUGUAAUAGAUAUUUAGUAGUCCUUUAUUAUCAAUCUAACAAAGCUUUCAAAAAAUUGGAUGUCGAUAAAAAGCAAGAAGAACUAAAUAAUUUGAAGGCAAAAUAUAAUAUAUCAUCGGAAAAAUAAAUGCAAAGUAUACAACAAACGAAAAGAAAACUACUUAAAACAAAACGAAGUUUGUAGGUACUAAAAGGUAUAAUUUGUGCUUAAAUUCCCAAUAUAGAAAUUAAAAUGAAUUACUACUUUACAUUCAUACCUAAAGUAAAAAUCUUUUUAGAUCCAAUUAAUGAUUAAAUUGCAUCCAUAUGUGUGGAUGUAUAUACCUAUACAGAGUUUUGUUUUAUGUAUUCCUCAUUUUAAAUUUAAAUCAUCAUCAUCAUCACUCAUCAUAAAAAAAAAGAAAAAUUAAUGUAAAAUGUAAAAAAAAAAGAAAAAUUAAUGUAAAAUGUAAAAAAAAAGAAUAAAAAACAAAAUAAAAACAAAAUCUA